CCUGGAAGAGGAAGAGGUGGUCAGAGGUCCUCACCUGCUGGCAAGGGGUCACUUGGGCAGCAGCAGCUUGGAUGGCUCCUGCCCUUCCAUGGCCCCUGCCUGCACGCUUCCCUGGGGGCUUCUCUGGGAGUCCUGGGGGCCAAGUGGUCCUUUUGGCUGAGGCUCCCCUCCUCGCCUCUGAAUUCUCAGCCACGAAGCCCGGGGUUGACGGAGGCUCAGGACAGUUGAUGCCGAUGCCAGUUCCUGCUCCGAGCAGGAGGGAAGCCUGGCUGCCUGGCCCCUGCUCCUGCUCCGGUCUCCUGCCGCCACCUGUCUCCCUGCGGUCUGGGUCCUUUAAGGGGCGGGGCUGCGUUGCCAGGGGAGCGGUUGCCUGGCGCCGGCGAUGACGUAGCAGGGCGAGCGGAAGUGUCCCUGUGGCUGGAAGUGGCCAUGGGGGCCUCGGGCAGCCGGGUCCCGCGGGACCUUCUGGGCGAGUACCAGGAGCUGACCUUCCUGACCAAGCAGGAGAUCCUGCUGGCCCACCGUCGCUUCUGCGAGCUGCUCCCCCGGGAGGAGCGGGAGCAGGCCUUCGCCAGCCGGGUGCCCAAGAGCAAGGUGCUGGCGCUGCCGGAGCUCAGGGCCAACCCCUUCCGGCACCGGAUCUGCCACGUCUUCUCCACCGCGGAGGACGGCGAGGGCGCCAUGUCCUUCGAGGAUUUCCUGGACAUGCUGAGCGCCUUCAGUGACGCGGCGACGCUGGAGGUCAAGGCGCACUACGCCUUCCGCAUCUUUGAUUUUGAUGAUGACGGGACUCUGGACAAAAAGGAUUUGGAGCACCUGGUCAACUGCCUGACGGGGGAAGGAGAGGACAGUCGCCUGAGCCCCAUGGAAAUGGAGCAGCUCAUCCAGAAUAUCUUAGAGGAGUCCGACAUAGACAAAGACGGGACCAUCAACAUCUCUGAGUUCCAGCACAUCAUUUCCAGGUCCCCAGACUUCACCAGUUCCUUCAAAAUUGUACUCUGAUUCUUCACCACAACCACCACUGCCUCCUGGAAGAUGCUGUGGCGCCCCGGCCAGAUGACCAACUUCUGUCUUUCUAGACAGCAUUAAUAACUAGCAUUACCUUGAAGAGAACCAGUGUUAUGUGUGCCCAGCAUGAGCCUGGGCAUUGGGCAGCCUGCGCCAGCCAAGCUCUGCACAGCCAGGAUCUUAUACUGUGGUCUUCAAUGUUCUUUCCACCCCGAUACUGUGAAGAAGGAGAGAAGCAAGGGAUGCUGGGGGGGGGGGGGGUUUAAUUUUAAACUUCCCCUCCCUUCCCAGCAGAUUAGCCGCCCCUUGCCCCCCCCCCCCCCCCCGAAAUUGGGGAUUGGUCUGAGCACUUUAGUCCUUUGCUGUGGGAAGCUGAAUUGCAAGAUGGGCUUUUUCCCUGCCGCUCUGGGAGCCAGCCAGGGGAAGUGUCAAGUGGGCCUGUACUUUUGCAGCAGGCAACGCUGCCUUUGCAGAUCUGCAGGAGCCUGGGCUACUUCUGUGGCUGGGCAGGAAUAAACAGGGGUGACUGGGCUGUGGUGUCUGUGCUGCUGCUACUUUUUAAUGCCUUAAUCGUGAAAUUUCUUUUUACACAAUCUUGCCUACACUUUCUACAUCUGUCCUAAUAAAGUUCAGAAGCUGGACAUUG